AGACACACCGACAUGCACCAAUGUGGAGGCUGAGACCCAACUUGGGCUGUGCGGAGUAAAGAAACUCUUAGACAGCCAGUCCCUCUGCGAUGCUGAGCCGACACCACGCCACAGAUUGAUCGCCGAUCACCAGGACUGAUCGCCCGCCAGCUGAUCCCGCGGUGCCCGGGGAGAAACCAGACCAGCGCGCCCCCCUCUCUGGAGCUCCAGUAACAAGACGCAAAAAUGUCAGAGAGGAGAGGACAGAAGAAGUCCAUCUUUCUGUCCUUGUUAUUAGUGUGUUGUAUGUUUGCUAGUGCAGAGCAUUCCGACUGUGGGGAGUAUGAGUUCUUCAACCAGACCAGUAACAGCUGCCAGGCCUGCCCUCAGUGCCAGCCAGGACAGGAGCCGCAUAUGACCUGUGGCUACGGUGUGAAGGAUGAGGACUUUGCCUGUGUGCCGUGCCCACAGGGGAAGUACUCCAAAGGAAAGUAUGAGAUCUGCAGACGCCAUAAAGACUGUGAUGCCUUCUACAAAGCCACUGUCCGCAUACCAGGAACUGCAGACAGCGAUGCAGAGUGUGGACCCUGUCUACCAGGGUAUUACAUGUUGGAAAACAGACUCAGAAACCUCUAUGGGAUGGUCUGCCACUCCUGUCAGAACGCACCUCCCAACACCAAAGAAUGCACACAAAGCAUCAAGCCAAAAGGAAAACCUCUAAUUGACCCUGGCAGCACGACUGUGUUCCCUCAUCCAGAUAAAGUCUCUGCGGGACAGGGCCACCUAGCAACAGCUCUCAUUAUUGCCAUGUCAACGAUUUUCAUCAUGGCCAUCGCCAUCGUUCUCAUCAUCAUGUUUUACAUCCUGAAGGCCAAACCAAGUGGUCAGGCAUGUUGUUCUGGACAAGUUGUGAAAGCAGUGGAGGCUCAGACCAACAAACAGGAAGACAAGAAAGACGUCCCAGACAAUGUGGUGAUCUACGCAGAGAAAGAUGAGUUUGACAAACUGAAAGCUCCUCCUCAGAAGACGGUGAAAAGUGAAAAUGAUGCGUCGUCAGAGAACGAGCAGCUGCUGAGCCGCAGCAUCGACAGCGACGAGGAGGCGGCAUCAGAUAAACAGGGAUCAGCCGAGACCACUAACCCCAACCCCAACCUUUGCCUCGUCAACCUGGGCAACAAACCUGACCUCUGCCUGCUCUCUCUGGGGCUCUUGGACCGCGGCCGGGCCUGCAAUGGCAGCGGUGCCGUUGCACCCGGCCAGGCCAAUAACCUCCCGAGUCCCAACCACAUCAACAACGUCAACCACAUCGCCGGCAGCAACCACAUCAGCAGUGUGAACGCAGUCAAUAACAACAAUAAAACUCCAGGGAUGCUACAGAGUCGAAGGAAAAAGAUCCUAGAUCUGUACACCAGAGCCUGCAAUGUGACUGAGGGUCUGAGCCCGACAGAGCUCCCCUUCGACUGCCUGGAGAAGGCCAGCCGCAUGCUGAGCUCCUCCUACAGCAGCGAGGCGGCCGUGGUGAAGACGUGGAGGCACCUGGCAGAAAGUUUCGGGCUGAAGCGCGACGAGAUCGGCGGCAUGAGCGACGGCCUGCAGCUCUUUGAGAGAGUCAGCACGGCGGGCUACAGCAUCCCCGACCUCCUGACUCGCCUGGUGCAGAUCGAGAGGCUGGACGCCGUGGAGUCGCUCUGUGCAGACGUGCUGGGCAGCAGCGAGGUUUCUGGACGGCCGGGUAUCAGCAGCUUUCACAGCCAGUUAGUCUGUCCUUCACCGUGCCCGUCUCCAUCCCAACGCUGCGCUAGCGUCUAAAUAUGGGGUGGAGCAGAGACUUCAGAGACUCGGGUGCUUGACAGUGCACAUGUAUGUAAGGACAGGUGCUGCUCUGACAGGGAGGACAGCACAUAUACGGUAUACAACCCCGUCACAUGAAGAAUGUCAGUGGACUCCCUGUCCACAAUCCUUUUUUGCAAUAAUGGGUUUCCAUUUUAAAUAUAAUUUAAAAAAAAAAAAAAAAAAAAAAAUUGAAGACCUCAGAUUCAGGUUUUUCCACUAGUUUUCAGAUAUUUCUCCUCUGCAAGAAUAUAAUAAUCUGAAUUACUUUUUAUCUUUUUGUCGAUUUUUGUCUUUCUCAAAUGCUACAAAACUUUAAUGGAGUGUGCGCUGGAUGCAACACAAUAAGUCUUUUUUUUUUUUACAAAGUAAAACUUAGCAUAGAUUCAAGAUUUAAAAAAAAAAAAAAAAAAUAAAGAUGCAAUGGUGUGCUACUGGUAAUGGUUACUGGUCAGCUCCACUGCAGCAGUGGCAAUAAAGUGCCUUCACGUGAGAGAACUUUCUGAGCUGCACUCUCACUGAACGGGACCAGAUCCUUGCCCUUUGUCCCUCAGUUGGAAGUAGCCAGAUGUUUAUGUCGGCAUAAAGAAAGUGGCCCAGUUUAACCACAGCAAUUAUUAAAAUUCAUAAGUGUGCUGCACUGUCAUCACACAGGAAAGACAGCAGCAGCAGAUUCGAGCUCCCUACUUAAAAUGCACUCAUUAUACCCAGCUGGAAAUGCUAAAGCAUCAUUCAGCUCGGCUUUUAUCUGGUAAACUCGCUUUUGAACUUUGGGCAUUUGUGGACAACCCCCAUGUCUCUUGCUGAAUUGUGAUCUCACCAGCAAAAACGCAACAGUAGGCAGGAGCAGAUGAUGAUAUUUUUAUUUUUGUCGAGUUUUAAGGAUAAUAUCAAUUUUGGGUUGACCCUGCAAUCUUAUGUAGUUUAAAAGACGUUUUAUUCAUUGAUCAAUGUACGUGUGGUAAGUGUGGAAGCAGUGAUCACAAGCAGAUGUAGUGUACGGAAAAGUUCAACCAACCACCUCACUAAAAACGCAAAAACACACGGACUAAUUUUACAUGAUGUGUUCAGUGUUGGAGCCUUAAUCCUGUACACCGAAUGAACAUCGCACUACUUCUACACAUGUCCGCAAUCCACUUUCUACAACUUUAACACUCAGAUCCACAUACUCUCUUACUGCAGCUACUUCCUCAGCAGUGACCCAGUCUGUGACCCUGCUCAUAACUCUGCCUCUUCCCCCCCUUUACACCCCAAUGCUGCGGUCUAGUGCCGCCGCCAGCCCUAAUUAUUUGGCGUGUGGCUCCCCAUGCCCCUAAUAGGCUGAAGUGUUGUGGUUUACAGAGCGGGUGCAAAGUGCCUGUGAUUUCCAGCACCUAAUUAAGCAUUUAGGGCCACUUAACCACUGAAAGCCCAGUGGAAAAGCUGUAAAAGCCCUGUUUUAAAAAGAGUGAUGCCAGGGCAGGGGAAUGACUAACUGCCCGCAGGGGUUGCUGCACUGUGAAAAGUGUGAGAAUGGUGCCGGCCACGGCGGAGGCAGCUCUACGCUUGUCCAAUAACGUCUGAUUUUAUUCAGCUUUUGUGGUCGGCUCAGUCAUGCUCAGACAGGAUUUAAGCUCCCCUCUCGCCUAUGGGACCAAUAUGGCAAAUGAGAACAAUAUGCAGUUGUGUGAGUUCUGAAAAGCAGCUGAAGCCCGUUUGGUGUUGUACGUACAGAACAGAAACUGUAGCUUGAUAAGCUUUAGGUUAAAGCUCAUGAGGAGCAUCGAUGCUCAUUUUAACUCUAACUACAGUGAUGAUGACUGCAGUUAAGAUGCUGCAGGUCAAGUCACUGUGAUUUCUUUAGCAGUUAAGCUUCCAAACUCAGGAGUAAGCUCCAAUAUCCAAUCAACACCAAGACUCACUUUGAUCUCAUUGCUUGGGAAUAGGACUGAUCUUUAUCUGAUGUUGUCUGCAUAAUGUCUCGUGACUGAUCUGCACAGUCUCUGUUUUUUUAACCCUAAUGCUUUGUGUUCAUAUUUUGCAUUGCAAUCUGGGGCUGGUCUCCAGUACUUUAAAUUAAUUAAUGUGCAUGCUCAUCAAGUGUGUGUAUCCAUAAAUUUGUUUGUCUUCGAUCUAAAGCUCACUUUUAAAUAUUCAGUCUUCUCUGAGCAGAGUCGUCCUCAUUAAGUCCAUUUCAAUUUCAAACUGAUUUUGUUUUUUUGCUGUUGUUUUAUACUUUUGAAGUUUUGUUAAAAAAAAAAAAGAAAAAAAUAGGUGGAUUGAACUGAAAUGAAAAGGAGACUGUUUUCAGACGUGCAAAAUUUUGUCUGACAUAUAUUAUGCUGAUAUGACAAUGUACAGAAGCCAGACAUGAAUUACUUACCUCAGUAGCACAUACAAUAUAAUAGAACAUGUAGAAACACACAAACUCUUCCCAGAACCAAAGUGUAACUGUAUAUAUAACUUAUUAUUGUACAUAAAGUAUACCUUAAUAAAGAUGUAUGGCAAAAAAAAA